AUGCAAGAAAUAAGCGAGCAUGAAUGGGUAAAUAUGAUCCAAGAAAGCGAGCAAAUCGCAGCCCUCCAAAAACUCGCAAAUCUCGAAUCGGGCAAAUCCGAAGUUCACGCUGAAAAUCUCGCCCCGCAAAAACCUGUCGAAGCAGUUCAAGUUCACAACGCAGUAGACGAAGUAAGGCAAAUUAUCGAAGAGCAGUCCAAAAGUGACGAAGCAUCAAAAAUCAAAGAAGAAGUCCCAGCGCCCGCUCCAGUAGAAGAGAAAGCGAAACUUGAGCCACGAAGAAAUGUUCCUCAUAUUCCCAUGGCUCUUCAACCUCAAGCUGGAUUUGGGACGCCUCAGGAAGAAAUCGACCGACUGUACGAUUACAUGACGAAGCAAAUCGAGUGCCCAGAUCUUCACUACGUCGGAACCCCUGGAAACAAGGGCAAAUACCAGGAUGGAGCUUAUGCCGGAUGCCUUGCUGACGGCUGGUGGCCAAAAAAAGGAGAGCCAUGUUUGGGCUAUAGUUUCGGGAUCGAUUACGAGUGGAGCUGGGAUGAAGGGAUGGAAGCUCUUGGAUGCCAAGUUCACAGUUUCGACCCUGGAAUGUACGAUGAGCCGGAACAUGCGAAGCAUACCGAGAACAUUUUCUUCCACAGAUAUGGCCUUGGCGAUGUCGAUUCUGAUGCGCUUUAUCAAACUGCCCUUAGAGAUUACGCCUACAGAAAGAAAUAUGGCGAUGCGAAACUCAACGAAUUGAGAAAAUGGAAGGUUCGAACACUCCCUUCCAUCAUCGACGAACUCGGCCACAGAGGAAGAAUCAUCGACGCGGUCAAAAUUGACAUCGAAGGCCCAAGACACGGUUACGAAGAUAAAACAAUCAGAAGCAUUCUCGAAACUGGUGCUUGGAAGUGUAUCAGACAAUUGAGCUUGGAACUCCAUGUUUUUGGACCCGCAAAAGAUGCAAAUUACAUCAGACUGCAGUAUUCCGUCAUGAAGGCUCUUGAAGAACAUGGAUUCAAACUUUUCGACGUGAAGGAAUCGUUUGGACGCGAUAUGAGUGAUAUAAAACAAAAAAUCACAACCGUUUUACCUGGACUGAUCAUUGCUUCCGCAAAAGGUUGGAGCUCUUCUAGCCAGUGGGGUCCGGACGCGGAGUACGACGGAGACUACGUCGGCAUGGAAUGCGGCGGAACGAUUACCGGCUCACAGAUGAUCGUCUCUCCAACGCUCGAGAUGUAUGUUGGCAAUGCAAACGGUGACACUGCGCCAUUCUACUAUUCUAGCGUGCACUGCACCUGGAACAUUCAACUCGACCCGUCCGUCACGUCCUUCGAUCUCGUUGCGAAGAGCUUCGCCGUUGAAGAGAGCUCCAAUUGCAUCAAAGACUACUUGCUUGUCUCUGACGCGAACGGUCACGACACGUACUACUGUGGCUUGGUCAAUCCCGCCUCUCUCCGACGACGAAGAUCAAACGAUGAUGCUGCCGCUACUCGACUCCGACGAGAUGUCACGACCGUCGAAACCGGCCUGCGCACAGUCACCGUCCAGGGCAACACUGCGACGAUCGUUUUUGAAACCGACGAUAGCAUCGUAUACAAAGGCUUCGAAAUAUGCGUCGUUUACGACGGAGACUACUCUUGUCUCGAAGAAGGAAACGCCUCGACUACUUCUUCUUCUUCUACCACUUCUGCUCCGUCCACUGUCCUUUCCCCAACUGACGCAUGGUCUCAGAUAGUAAAAGCUUCUGACGAAAUCAGCUUUGCGGUUAGAGAUUUUUACGCUGCUCUUCCUGGCCUCGGCGCCAACUCAAAACUUGCAUCAAAGAAGAUGGACCGAUUCAACAAUUUUUUCAACAAGAUGGACAUUCUUCAGGAAAGGAGGCGAGCUUCUGCUGAUGCUUGCGAGUUUCCCGCUGGCUCCAACGAUCACUCUGCUUUCCUCGCUCCGGUCGACUCUGCGGACGUCUGCGUAAAAUUGCAAGGACUUUUCGCUUGCCUUGCUUCCUUCGCCGAUGCCUUUGUCUGCGUUGACAACGAAGAAAGCUAUCAAUAA